AAGCUCUCUUGGAGGACCACCCGGUGGAGUAGGAUAACAUGAAAAAAGGCCUAUUUCUCGCGGAAACUUACUCGUACUCCCAGCAAGUGUCUCGUAGGAUCAAUUCAUCAGAACUGAAGUGGCCUGUGGAAGCAGAUGGAGCAACUACUCCACGGUUGCUGUCGGAUUUACUUUUUCAUGGAAGGAAAUACGCGAUGUACAACAAGGAAUAUGCAAAUGACUACGUGAGGCUGCUGAGGAACAGCUACAAGCACUUCAACCCGCUGCCAAAACAUAUUAAGGAAUUGCUUGGAGGCAAUACAGAUGGACUCCUACGUCAGAUCGAAGAGUGGUCGCCUCGUAUCUGGCACAUCCUGUAUGUGGCACUUCACAUGCCCUGAGCUCGCUGUAAG